GGCAGGCGAAGGAGGGGGGGCGGCGCCGUCCGGCAAGGGUUCUCCUCGCGAGUCGGGCUCAGCCCGGGGGACCAUGAAUGGGGCGGGAGGCGAGCUGGAGCGGGCCGUGGCCUGCUACCGGGAGCUGGCCCGGGACGAGGGGAAGAGCAGCGCCUGCCAAGGUUUGCUCCUCGCCUUGGGCAAGCUGGAGGCGUUCGCCAGCGUCUCGGCAAAGCGGUGGAAGGAUAAAAACUUGGAGGAGGCUUUUCAGCUCCUGGCCGGAGUGAGCGGAAGAUUGGCAGACCUGGGUUGUGAUGAUGCCCUGCGCCCGCUGGUCCGCUGCGUCCUCGCUUUCCAGCUGGAGACCACGGAUAGCUCCGGCUCUUUCUCCCGACUCGAAAAAAUCAUUGUGAAACUAUCAGAAAGGAAUGAAUCCUUAGUUUCUGGAGAGGUGGAGAGGAUUUUGGGUAGCCUGGCCAAGGACGAUACGCCAAUGUCUCGUGGGACUCUGCAGACAGUUUCCAUGUUUGUUGAGGAGAGCACCCUGGGACGAUGUUACUGGAAAAAUAACCUGAUGACGCUCCUCGGGUGUACUGCUGCCACCUUUGAUUUCCUGCUGCAGGGUCGAGGAGCCAAGGAUGAGGCAUGGUGCUACGUCACCGUGAAGGUAUGUCUCCAGCUUUUCAAGUGGAUGCCAAAGGAGAUCUUCCCACUUAUAUGGGGUGGAACAGAUCAUAACAAAAUCUUGCAAAAGAUUUUGGAAUCUCUGGUGCAAAUCAUUAUGGAAAAGACAGCCUGCAAGGACACCCGUCUGCUGGCUGCGACCGCCUUGAGUAUGAUGGUCAACACCGCCCCCGAUUCCCAGCAAGGGGGUCAAGCCGCCUGGGGCCUUUGUCAUUGGCUGAGUCUUGGAGGAGGUCCUGUUAGGUGGAAAGAAGAUGGGAGAGUCUCCACUGAGAAAGAGGAAUUCAGAUUUGGGAUGCUCCAGUUGGUCCCAUCUGUAUGGAGUCCAGAUGGAUGGGAGCAACUAGCCUUGACCCGCAGCUUGUUGGCCAGCUGCAAGAAGGAGAUCUUGAGUUGCCGGCUCGAUGGGACGCCACAUCAGGUUGGGCUUUGA